ACUACUCAAUUGCGGACAUUAAGUCGUCUGGGCGCUAUUGAGUCGAUGGGUGACAAUGACUUGUCGUAUCGCCGUUGUGCAACCCACUCUUCUUCGAUUUUAACCAAUGCUUCAUUUCAUCAAUCCUUAGGCAGUAAUUCUUUUUCCUUUUGGAGAACCGAAUAG